AUUCAAUUCAGUUAUAACAUGAUUUUUGAGUCGGACGAGUUCUGUGAACUCUUUAAGGGUUCUUUCCCAUUUUACCUACUAUGUCUUCUCCCUAUUUUCUUAAUGUUAUCACCAGCGACAUUAGUGAACGCCUCUCAUGAAUUUACUGUGUAUAGAAUGCAUCAGUAUGAUCUCCAUGGAUUAUCCAAAGGUUGUAGAACUGCAAAUUUGAACCUAGAGGCCCGUUCUCUUAAAAGCUGGAGCACGCAAAGACACUGUGUAGUUGCCAGAUUGGAACAUCUAGCCUCACAUAGCUUACAUAAUAUCAAAGAAAACUCUGGAGGAUUAUUACUUGUUUUACCACAAAACAUUGAUUCUCUGACUUCAGAAAUGAAAGAAAUUCUUACUGAACUUGAAGUGCAACUGUUGGAUGAUGAAACGAUGGUUCCUGUCUAUUUUAUUAACUGGUCGCCUGAAUUGGAGGAGAUAGUAACCGAUAUUGAAAAUAAUAAAUUAGCAAAUGAUAAGGGAAUACCAGCCUGGGAAGCAAUUCUUCAAUCCUUCUCUGCAAAUGGAUAUCAAAUUGUUGUCAAUGCUGGGAAACCAGCUGUUAGAAAUGAUGCAAAUAUAGUUUCUAUUCAGGGAAAAUUAUCAGGAUAUGGAAUAGAAGAUAAAUUGCCUACAAUUGCCAUUGUAGCUCAUCUAGAUAGUUUCGGUGUUGCACCUGAAUUAUCAUUUGGAGCUGAUAGUAAUGGUUCUGGCAUUGUAAUGAUGUUGGAAUUAAUCAGAAUAUUUUCACACCUUUAUUCGAAUUCUCGUGCGCAUGCACCUGUCAAUAUACUUUUUUUCUUAUCUGGGGGUGGAAAAUUUAAUUAUCAAGGUAGUAAAAAGUGGCUUGAAGAUCACUUGGAUACCUUAGAAGGUUCUUUACUACAGGAAGCUAUUUAUGUUCUUUGUUUGGAUACGGUUAGUUCAAACAAAGGUUUAUUUCUUCAUGUAUCGAAACCUCCCAAAGAUGGAUCAUCGCUUGCAAAAUUCUUCCAAGGGAUUUCCGUCACUAGUGAAAUACCUGUAGAAGUAGUCCAUAAAAAAAUUAACUUAGCCGAUGAAAUGCUAGCUUGGGAACAUGAGCGAUACAGUAUCCGUCGCUUGCCUGCAGCUACUAUUUCUACAAUUAAAAGUCAUAAAAAUCCUGUUAGAGGAACAGUAUUUGAUACACAUGAUAGAAUUGAUAUAUCAUCUUUAACAAGAAAUAUUGAAAUUGUGGCUGCUUCUUUAGCUAGGCAGAUUUAUAAUAUAAGUGGAUCAUCACAUUUUGCAGUUCAUAUGGGAACUGAAGAAGAAAUGGUGAAAACAUGGUUGGAGUUUCUUGCUAGUCAUUCUCGUUCUUCUUCAUUAUUAUUUGAAAAAAACAACCCUUUAAUCAAAUCUCUUCAAGAUAUGUUCAACAGAUAUCUAGAAGAUGUAAAACUUUCUGUACAAACUACCGAUAAAAGGGAUCCAGAAUUCAUGUUUUAUGAUACAACAUCAGCAGUUGUCAAUAUAUACAAUGUCAAACCAGCUAUAUUUGAUUUAUUUCUCACAGUGAUUAUAUCAUUAUAUCUGUGUCUAGUCUUUGGUGUUAUAAAGAAAAUGUAUUCAGUCUACGCAAUCCUUACUCCUUCAUCACCGUUGAAGAAAGUGAAGAGUUAAUGUUGUUAAGUUUUUAGGAUUUUGUAAUUAUACCAAUUAAGAAACAAAUACCAUUUUUGGUCAAGCCUUUUCUUAGUUAAAGAGUAAUUAUAAAAUAGUAAAUCUAGUACCCAAUUUUAAAUACGUGUAUUUAUAGGUUUAGAUUUUUUAUUUAUUUAAUAUAAUCAAUUUAUGGGUAAGUGACCUUUAUAGGUUUCAACGCGUCUACUCCUGGCUAAGAGAUAACUUGUAGGUUUUGUUCUUGUCUGAGACACCAACUGCAAGUUAUUUUGUAGUUUACUUGUCAUAUUUAUUUAGAUACGAUGAAAAUCGUAGUAUCUCAGUAUAUCUAAUGUAUAUAUGAAUAGAUAGCCUCAGGGAAGAGAAAAAUCAAGUUAGGCUUACAUUAACAGAGGAUUUAUUUAUUUACAUAAGCAUUGUCUGUGCCGACAUGCACCCACUACGAGAUAAUUCACAAGAGAUUUGGAUUUAAAAGCACAUUCUGAGCAUAUAGGUUUAAUGAUUACCUGGAACUGAAAUUACAGUUUUAUUAAUACCAUUUGAUUUAAUUAAAUUGGCAUCUUACUCUACAAUCCUAAAAACUACCAUGACGACAGUGAACGUGUUAAAAAUAAACCUACUAUAUAAAAUUGACUUAUUUCAUUUUAUCGAAUAUAUCAUAACUUCUUUAAAAUUUAUAUAAAAGGUGAGUUUAUAUGUUUCUAUUCUUGAGAACGAAAAAUUUUGUUCCAUUCAUAAGCAAUAUUUUUUGUAUUUUUGUAACUUUUUUUUUAAGGUCUGCAAUGAUUUUUUUGAUGUUUUAUAUGAAUGGUUAUGAGCUAUUUUUAUAUAUUAAAAAGAAGAAAAAUUCACAUCAACUAGAGACAUAUUAAGACAUUUAAAUACAAAUUUGUUUUUUCAAUCCUGAUGAUGCCUGGUUUGGUGAAACUUUAACUGUUUUGUUGUUUACCAGUAUUAUAGAGACACAGACUUAUGUUUUGAAAUUUGCAAUUAUAUCCUAACAAUUAUUUUUUUUAUUUAAAUACUAUUUCACUUAAAUAUACUACUGUUUUUUUGUCUCCUAUCAAAUAGGUUAUUUAUAUAAGGGAAAUAACUCAACUUAACUCAAACUAGGACCUCAUAUUUCAUAUAAAUAAUAAGACUUAGCGAACCCGAAGGUUCGAUGUGGAAACCACCAAUUGAUGUCUAAAUUCUUCCAUCCACCAAGCACCGUCUAAACCCAACUUUCGUCAAGAAGCCCAGCAAUUUUACAUGACCAUUUUGUUUGCCUCAACUUAAUCAUCUCAAUUAUAUUACGGUUCCCAAUGACUGAAGACUAUUAAAUUAGUCUAGAUCCAAUUUGACCAAUCCUUGAUUGGGGAUGUCAGGUCAAUUAUUACGUUAAUUUCAUGAAAGUCUAUAAUAUGGUCCUCCUUGGAGAAAACAGGUCACUAUGCUUUAUAACUCUUCAUAUAUGCUAACCCACUUGUUAUUCCAGUACUAGUUGAGUCAUUUGUAUUCUAUUAAGUUAUUUAUGCUUGUAGUUUUAAGAUGUUAUUUUUCAAGAGAAACAUGGCUUUCUUUGUAAGAUAUGUAUGUGAGCAAGGCUUUGUGCUCAUAACUCCUGGUCCCCUGAUUUUCUUCAGCUGUGGCAGAUGAUUAUUUAUUCUGCAUACAUCAGCUGUCUGUUAACCUUAGGUUAGAAAGACUCCUGUGGCACACUCGGGUUCAAUAAAAUGGGUACCCUUUUUCUGUAUUUUACCCUUGGUUGAGAGAAAACCUGGUGGUUGAACAUUAUCUAAACCAAAUAAUUUCCUUGCAUCAACCUUGACCUAGAAACAGUACUUCCAUACUAAGUACUGAAUCCAAGAUACUUCAUAUUGUUUUUAUUUCUAUACACAUUAGCAACUCUAUUAUUUGAAAUGUUGGUAAAUAGUAUUAUUUUAGGAACUUUUCUUUCGUUUUCCUAUUUUUAUAUGAAAAAACAUUCUAUAUUGUUGGCUGGAUCUUAAAUGUUUUACAUGUUUAAACUAUAAACAAUUCAUGUUUUAUUAUGGAUCAUUAGAUGAUUUAAUGAAAAGAAGUUUUGAUUGGAUAAUAAUAUUAAAGGCUUAGGGUUCUUUGUGUCACCUAUCUAGUCGAAAUCUGAGAAAAUAUGCCUAUUCAGAAGUUGCUGUGGAUAAGGGAGCACUGGAAGUAAUAUUUUUUCAGUUUGUGAUUUAGUACGAUUUAUUUGAAUACUCUAAUUUUUCCUAACAUCAUCUAGGAUUACCUAAUGAUAUUAAAAAAAAUUAACAUAAAUAUGUAAUUUAGUCAGUGAUAAUGAUAAUGUGUACAAGGAUGAGUUAUGAAAAAAAGAUUUACAGUAUAAUAUAUAACACUUACAGUCCAAUGAAUAAUGGUGGAUAGAUAAAUCAAAUUGUAAUUAAAUUUAAAAAAUAGCCUAUGAUUAAGAUAAAGCCCGCACUUUAAAGGCAGAUAUUUUAUUUUAAUUAAUUAUAUACUUAAAAUAUUAUUCAGUAAGAGCCAAACAUUAGGACUAUGAUUCAUUUGUAAAACAGGGCAGGGUUCCCUCUGUCUUGUAUGAUCAAAGUAGUAAUUAGCCAUUUAGAAAACUGAAAUUAAGUUUAUGAGGAUUACUUUCACUUAAUUCCAACUGCCAUUAAGGCAGAAACGCUCUGAGAAAGCCUAGACUCAUUUAUAGAAAGCAGCUACCAUGUCUUUAAUCAAUUAUUGUCAAAUUAAAAGAGUAAAGAAAAAUUAAUACUUUUAACAUAGCCCUUAUGACCAUAAUUUUUAAAACAGUAAGUAGAUCAUACAAUGUCUGUAUUAUCUAUUUUAGACAGCUGUUUAUUUAUUUUUUAUUAUUAAAUUCGCUCUCACUAUCCAUGUAAUUGAUAAAAGUAAGUUAAUUUAUAAAUAAGAUUUCUUUGUGAGCAGGACCAUACUUACUAAAACUAAUAAAAUUGUUUAAGUACAUUCCAUUCAUUGUCGACUGUAAAAAAAACUUUCAUUUUAACUAUUACGUGAUGGAAAGUUAGCAUUCCAGUUUAAAUAAGUUCUUUCUAAUCAAAAUCAUAUAAAGAAGAUGUUAACAACUUUUAAUUUUUAAAUUAUUUUGUAAUAUCUUAACACUGUAACUGAUAUACCAUUUCAUUUCUGUUUGUAUAUAUAUUUUUGAAAUUUUUAUCAGAUUAUUGUUCUAAGUAAUAGUCAGUGUUUCUACAAAUUUUUAUAUGUCAAAAAUUUAACAUAUAACCAUAUUCCAUAAUAAAAAGUUGCCUAAUCAAUUUAUUUUAUCUUAUUGUUGCAUUUAACUUAUUUCUGAAUGUAUAUUUUUCCUAUUAAUUUUAUAAACAGCUUAUUAUGGUUUUAAUUAUGUCUACUAUUUGAACUAUAUUAUAAAUACCAUUUGAAUAAAACUAUUAUUAGUAUAUUUAUGGCAUUUAUGUUAUGAAAAAAGAAAAGUUAAUUUAUUUAAGCAUUGCAUAUGAUCACGAGUCAUUUUGACAUGCAAUGCUAUUUUUCUUCUUAGUCCUUGUGUAAUUUCUGUAUUCCUUGAUACUAAAAUUUUCAAUAAUUAUUUUUUUUUUAAUUGUAGCCUAGAUGCAGAUUUUAUUCUUUCAUUACUUAAUAAUUUUACAGGAUGUUUUGUAACACCAUUUAAAUAGUUGGAAACUAUUCAUAAUUCAUAUAUUUAUGAAUUAGUUCCUUUCAACAUGCCAUUUACUGUAUAUUAAAUCUUUUUAUUACAGCACAGCUUUACUUUAUCAAUUUAUAUUACAGAAUUGUAUAUUUUUAUUUCAAAAUUAAGAUACAUGUGCGUACCCCAAUAUUUAAGUUUUAAAAGAAUUGUUUGUAUAAAUUAGGCAAUUGUAGAAAUCGCUGUUUAAAAAAUAUUAUUUUAAAGUAAUUAAUUUAGUACCUUUUCAUACUUAUAUCAUAGCUCUUAGCUCAUUCUUGGUGUUAGGUGAUAGUCAUCAAAUGAUCUUUUUCUCAUUUUGAUAGAAUCGCUAUUUGAAUACAUUAUGUAUUAAUUAAAUUAAACAUAUUUACUCACAUAUGUUCAUUAUAUAUUUGUUUUGUUGUAUUUUUGCUUAAUGAUCUAAGUUUUAUAACUACUAUCAUAAUCAUUCAUGAAUUUUAGAAAACAAAAAUUUCAUUUCUCUCCAAAUGUCAAGUAUUUAAUUUUGGAUGAUAAAUUUUUAUUAACUGUA